GCUGAAAUAUCCCUUUAAGCAACUUCCUCAGAAAAUAGAGAUUGUCCAGAUCCCAAAGUGGGUUUAAAAUGUUUUCCAAUAGUGUGGAGUAAUCCCGUCCGGGUUUGAGUCAUUAAAGAAGGGAGAGAGGGAAAUUAGGCGGAAUCGCCCUUUAACAAUUCUCCGAGUCGGACGCCAACUUCAUCUUCGGAAAACACGAACACGGCCGAUGUCCGUCUCAGCUGUGGGCUCGUCAUUGUCCCGUUAACUCCGUGGAAACGCGUCCGUGGGAGCCUCGCGGAGGUCUGAUCACACCUGAGCUCAAAAAACCUCCCGCGCGCGCUCAUCGCGCAUCACCUUGCUGACGCGCGCGCGCGCACGCGGCGGGUCGUUUCUUUUAUUAUUUCUUUAUUUUUUUAUUUUUUUACCGCAGUGCAUCUGCAGCAUCCUGCGUGACAACAGGAGCCGCUGCGGCGUCAGAGACGCAGGAGCUGAGAGAGAGAGAGAGAGAGCGAGCCUUCCCUCCCUGCCGCGGCCGCCUAUGCGAUGCCAGCGCGGCGGAACCAGCGCGUCCAGGAGCCGCGGGUCAGCAGCGGAUAGGUCCGUCCGGGGAGCGCGCCGCCGCCGCGUUUCGGGGCUCCGCGGGACCGAACUGGAGGCCCGUGAUCCAGCCCGUCUCACCUCAGCCCGCAGCAUCGGACAGGUGGGGGACAGUCAGCGGCUGAGCUGCACAUUUAAAGGCGCAUUUCUCGUUGUGAGGCUCUGAUGACCCGCUAGACCUCCGGGCCCGAAGCGCGCGGCUCAGGAAGGACGCUGCGCGGCUGCAGCGGUCGCUUUCAGCCAGAAACCGACGGGAAGCUGCUGCAGACCGGAGCCAAAGAGCAGAAACGUUUCUCCGGUUGUCUCCGCCCUCACCGGACGGGCUCCGUCCUUCAACCCGAACCAGGUAGAUCCAGGUGGAGCCGGCAUCAUGGCGGCCGAGGCCCCCCUGCUGCUCAUCGCUCUGCUCUGCGGCCUGCUCGCAGCGGCGCCGCGGUGCGACGGCGCCUGCGCGGAGGUGGACUCCGACACCGAGGCCGUGGCGGGAAAAGGCUUCAAGCUCGGAUGCAUCUCCUGCAAGAGGCGCAGCGAGGUGGAGGGCUCCGCCACCGUGGAGUGGUACUUCCGGCCCGACGGGGAGUCCGACUUCCUGCAUAUCUACAGCUACAACGAGAACGGACCCACCAUCGAACACAACUUCUUCGAGGAUCGCAUCGACUGGAACGGCAGCAAGAGGAGCAACGACAUCCAGGACGCCUCCAUCUACGUGCUGAACGUCACCUUCAACGACUCGGGGACCUACCGCUGCUUCUUCUACCGCACCCUCACCUACGACAACUACGAGUACUUCAACACCGUCGACAAGGUGGUGCACCUGACCGUGGUGGCCAAAGCCACCAGAGGCACCGCGUCCAUCGUGUCAGAGGUCAUGAUGUACGUGUCCAUCAUCGGGCUGCAGCUCUGGCUGGUGGUGGAGAUGAUCUACUGCUACAGGAAGAUCGCUGCGGCCGGGGAGGAAGCGCUUCGAGAGGCGGCGAACGCUGAAUAUUUAGCGAUAGCUUCGGAGAGCAAAGACAACUGUGCAGGUGUGCAGGUCGGAGAAUAGCACAGGUUUCCUUCCCGGACUGAAAACUUCCCCGCAUGACGACAUCCUGGCCAGAACCCUCCUCUUCAUCGCCAGGACGAGCUGAACUGGACCCAGCCGACAGCACGGAACCAGACCUGUACAUAGUCCUGUUGAAGCAUGUCGUGUCAGCAGCCAUUAUGCGCUAACGCAUCCAGGUCCAUAUGUGGUUUUACGCACCUCAGGUUCUGUAUGGAUAAUCACUGAUUUAUGGGCUGAUGCUGGUGAAGGCAAAGAUUAACAGCAAUAAUUUGGGUCAUUUAGCCUCUUAUAGGUGGAUAAAAUGGGGCUUUAUUUUGAAAUUCAUCUCUCCAACGCUAAAUAUUUAGUCAGUAAAGUUUAUUUGAAAAGCAACAAGACAGUUUAAGCUUCAAGCUAAGCUAAAUAUUUAGCUAGCAAAGUAAACGUUAGCUCCAGACCAUUUAAUUUACAUCACACUAGUUAGCUUGAUAGCUAAUAUUUUCCUUCACAGUGAGUAUUUAGCUCCAUUAAGUAAUAAAUUGAGCUAAAUAUUUUACUUCCUCAUAUAAAACCUGACAUGUAUAAACGAAUAAUUGAACAAUUAACCUCAUUUUUUCCUUCCUGACUAAAUAACUCAAAUUAUUGCUGUUAUUAACUGUGUAACUUUGCAAACGGCGCCCCCUACACUCAACUCGUAGUUCUACACCUGAUGUGAUUAAACGUGAUGAGAACCUCCCUACGCCGGGUCCAGUUCUUCUUCUACUGCA